CAUCUUGGCCUUGCCCUCACCAUCCUCCCUCCUCACCAUCUUCACUACCAUCAGCCUACAUCAUGUCCGACGCUGCCACUCAAGACGUCAAACCGAUUGUCAAGGCCGAAGAGAGCGCAGCUCCAGCCACAACGACCGCUCCCUUAUCGGUCGAGGAGGCUGAGAAGGAGACGUUCCGACAGAUCGAGUUCUACUUCAGUGAUGUAAACCUUCCCUUCGACAAGUUCCUCUGGACGCUCACCCGCCAGAAUGAUGGCUGGGUUCCCCUCGCUACAUUGGCUUCCUUCAAGAGGAUGAGGCCUAUGCGAGACGCUCUGGGAGAGGAGGGCAUUGCAAAGGUCAUGAAGGCGUCUGAGUUCCUCGAGCUCGAUGAAGAAGCCAAGAAGAUCCGCCGCAAGAGUCCUAUUCAGAGGCAGACCGAUUCCUACGAGAGGAGCAUCUACGCAAAGGGCUUCCCAGAGGAGACCGAGACGCUGCAGCAGGAGCUCGAGAAGUUCUUUGCUCAAUUCGGUCAGAUCAACGUCGUAAGGAUGAGGCGAGAGGAGCUUGCCCGGCCGAAGAAGUUCAAGGGAAGCGUCUUUGUCGAGUUUGCAUCGAUGGACGAAGCUACCAAAUUCCUCAGCAAGGGCAAGACAGAUGAAGGCAUCAAGUUCGGCGAGGCGCAGCUCUUGGUCAUGAGCAAAGACGAGUACUGCCAGAUGAAGAUGAAGGAGAAGGGCAUUGAUCCCCAGGCUCAAGCGAAGAGGGCUCCCUCUGGCAAGGCCCCUCUGUCCAGGCCCGGAAAGUUCAACGCUUUCACUGAGCUUGCCAGGGAAGAGCAAGGUCUUCCGUCAUCCGAUGAGGUACGAGCUCAGAACGCUGCUGCCAAGUCGGCCCCCGGAGAGAAGAAGUCUGCUAAGCCCAAGCGCAGCGACCCGCUCAACUUCGAGUUCAAUGACAAGAUGCUCGUCACACGAGAGGACGAGACCGUCGAUCCAGCUACUGUCGAGUUUCCGGAGCGCAGUGUCAUUGCCUUUGAGGGCGCUGGAGAGAACGGCAACUGGCGGGAGCUCAAGGAGAGCCUGCUGCAGGUUGCCCCUACGUCAUUUGUCGAGUUCCCCGCUGGAGCUACUUCUGGCGCUGCUGGAUUCAAAUCGUCGCUGAGCGACGAGGACUUUGAGAAGAUCGUAGCUAAGGACCUGAAGAUUGGCGACAAGCCUCUCACGUGGUCGCGAGUCGAAGAGGACCGAGCCCGACAAUUCUACGUCGACCGAGCCAACUUCCGCGCCAAGGUCAUGCUCGACAGGCGGGAGUUGCCAACUGGCAACGGACGUGGUGACCGUGACCGCGGUGGAGAGAAGAGGAAACGUAACGGCGAUGAGGAGUUCUUGGGAGCAAAGGGAGGUGGAGAAGCCCCUUCCCUCGCUAGCAAGAAGACGAAGACAGAGGGCGAUUAGACCCCUCUCUUCUGAGAGAAAGAGAGAGGAGGUGAUUGUCUGCAUGCCUUGCCUGUAUGUCUCCAGCUUGGAUUGCCCACUGCUGCUCUACCAAUUGUACAAAACCCUAACGUUGUCACAUUUGCAUUCCUUAC